AUGGCAACGCUUUCACUGAAAAUCAGUGUCGCGGACAAGAAUGUGGUGAAGACUAUGCAAUUCGAGCCCUCGCUUAUGGUCUACGAUGCCUGUCGUCUCAUCAAAGACAAGAUCACUGAAGCAAACAUUGGACAACCCAAAGACUACGGAUUGUUCCUAACAGACGAGGACCCAAAGAAAGGCGUUUGGUUAGAGCCCGGACGCUCUCUCGAGUACUAUCUGCUUAGGAAUGGAGAUUUACUGGAAUAUAGAAGAAAAAUGAGAACUCUUAGGGUCCGAAUGCUCGACGGAUCUGUCAAAACGGUUUUAGUCGAUGACAGCCAACCCGUCGCUAACCUAAUGGUCGUUAUUUGCACUAAAAUAGGCAUCACAAAUCAUGACGAGUACUCUCUUGUCAGAGACUUCCCCGAAGAGCUCAGGGAUGCAACCCUUUCCUCCACCGGAACAUUGACUUUAAGGAGAAAGGAUAAGACGAAAACUCUGGAGAAAGACAAGACUUUGGACUCGAAGAUGGAACAGUUGAAGAAGAAACUUAAGACAGAUGAUGACCUCAAUUGGGUCGACCACUCAAAGACAUUGAGAGAACAGGGUAUCGAUGAAGAGGAGACUCUUCUAUUGCGACGAAAGUUCUUCUUCUCGGAUCAGAACAUCGAUUCUAGAGAUCCGGUGCAACUGAAUCUGCUGUACGUUCAGGCCAGGGAUGCAAUCAUUGCCGGCACACAUCCCGUCACACUAGAGGAGUCGUGUCAGUUCGCUGGCAUUCAAUGUCAGAUCCAAUUCGGUGAUUAUGUUGAGAGUAAACACAAACCGGGAUUUCUUGACCUCAAAGAAUUCCUUCCAAGAGAUUACUCGCGAAGAGAUAAAGCAAUUGAAAAGAAAGUGUUGGCUCAACACCGACAACAUAUCGGAGAGUCUGAGUUGGAGGCUAAGGUCAAGUACGUAGGACUGGCCCGUUCUCUGAGCACAUAUGGCGUCACUUUCUUCUUGGUUAAGGAGAAGAUGAAAGGGAAGAACAAAUUGGUUCCGCGAUUGUUGGGCGUCACUAAAGACAGUGUUCUUCGUUUGGAUGAGAAGACUAAAGAGAUAAUGAAGACGUGGCCGUUGACUACUGUUAAGCGAUGGGCCGCUUCUCCCAACAGUUUUACAUUGGAUUUUGGAGACUAUUCUGACUCUUAUUAUUCGGUUCAGACCACAGAAGGCGAACAGAUAUCGCAACUAAUCGCAGGAUAUAUUGAUAUUAUCCUAAGGCGUAAGAAAGCGAAGGAUCACUUCGGCAUAGAGGGCGACGAGGGCUCGACUAUGGUUGAGGACAGUAUCUCACCGUCGAAGGCAACCAUUCUCCAGCACCAACCGGCACAGAAACCCUCUCAACCUAUUAUUGAAGACUUAGCUCUUCCUGGUAUCAUAAGACCCGGAACUAAUGGACAGCAAACUAUAAGCAUCAAAGAAAUGCCGGAACAACAGCUCACAUCAAUUCAAAGUCGAGCGCCGGUACAACAGUCGCCUCUUAUGACAGCACAACAUCCAAAAUACCUUCAAACAGGACUUUCUGAACCCCAGAGAGCUCUACACUCGACAAUAGGUGUGGGUCAGGACGCCGUCCAAAAAGCACUUAAAGAAUUGGAAACUAAGGCUAAAAUCCCUGAAUAUGGGCCCGACUUUGGAUGGAAACAGAAUCAGUUAGACGUCAAGAAAGAGACGGUUUCGUCACAAAUGGCGGCAUUGAAUGCGGCCACAGCUCAGGUGAUUACACUUACGUCAGUGCCUGAGGAUGAACUGGAUCACCCGGCUCUCGGCGCAGCCAUUCAUACUAUUAGCACAAACUUACCGGAGAUGUCGCGCGACGUCAAAGUGAUUGCAGCCCUUAUGGACGACGACGACAAAGGGGAACGGCUUAUAGACGCCGCCAGAAACCUGUGCAGCGCUUUCUCUGAGUUACUGAAAGCGGCCGAACCGACGAACAAAGCCUCGCGACAGAGCCUUCUGAAUGCCGCCUCCAAAGUGGGCGAAGCGACCACUAAUUUGCUGUACACUAUAGGCGAAGAGGAUGAGUACGACAGAGAAGCGGCUGAUAUGCUGUUAAGCCUAUCGAAACCCGUGGCCAAUGCGGCCGCACAUCUGGUUUUAAAGGCGAAAGACGUGGCGUCUCGUUGUGACGACCAGUCGGCACAAAACAGAGUCAUUAGUUCUGCGACUCAAUGCGCUUUAGCCACUUCCCAGUUAGUCGCCUGCGCUAAGGUGGUGGCGCCGACCAUCAGUAAUCCUAAUUGUCAGCAACAGAUCAUUGAAGCCGCCAAAGAAGUGGCCAAAUCUGUUGAGAACAUAGUUAGGGUGUGUCAGGACUCCUCCACCGACACACGUCUUAUUGGAGACUUGAAGGGCGCGGCCGCCGAUGUGACCCAAGCGCUCAAUAAUCUAUUGAAUCACGUGAGAAGUCUGAGCGAUAAUAGGGGCCGACGACCGACCGAACACGACGCUAGUGUCGACACUAUCCUCGACGCGACCGACCGUUUGUUUAGCAGUACGGGUGACGCAACAGAAAUGGUAAGACAGGCGAAAAUCCUGGCGCAGGCGACCGCACAACUCAUUCAUAACAUCAAAGGACAGGCAGAGACUCAACCAGACUCUGACCUCCAGAAGCGUUUGUUAUCAGCGGCCAAAGUGUUAGCUGACGCGACCUCACGACUAGUCGAAGCGGCCAAAGGGUGUGCAACGAAUCCGCACGACUCUGACUCUCAGGCGGCUCUUAAGAGGGCGGCCGAAGACCUGAGAAACGCAACAAAUACUGCGGCGAGUAAUGCACUGAAACGCAAAGUGAUUACUCGUCUGGAGGCGAGUGCCAAACACGCCACAGCUAUGGCCACUCAAAACAUUGCUGCCGCACACGGAUGCGGUCCUUACAAUACCAAUGAUACCACUCAAGAAGAGCUGAUCCAAGUCUGCAGAGAUGUGUCGGACAUUAUUCCGAAAGUAGUUCAGGGAAUUAGAGGCACUCAGACAGAGGCCGACAAUUCUAGCAAACAGUUACAGCUUAUCAAUGCAUGCGAUCUAUUCAUAUCUCCGGCACAGAGAUUGGUGUUCACCUCCAAGAGUGUCAUUCCGACCGUAACAGACCAGUCGUCUAACAUUCAAUUGACUCAAUCAUCGCAACAAUUAGCCCAAGCGUUGACUGAUUUACAGCUCAAUCUAUCCAAAGCACAGGACGCUUGCAGUUCUUCGAUGGAAAUCGACGCCGCGAUUGAGUCCAUACGAGAACUCGACAAAGAGUUGGCCGAAUGCAGGAAAGCUGCCAUUAAUUAUUAUCUCAAACCACUUCCGGGCGAAAACUUGGAGUACUGUUCUUCGCAAUUGAAUACCACGUGUAAGUCUGUGGGCUCUUCUAUGGCUCAACUGUUGACCGCCGCCUCUCAGGGCAAUGAGAACUUCACGGGUCAUGCGGGACGGGAUGUCUCGAAUGCACUGAAAAACCUGACGAGUGCUGUGAGAGGAGUGGCCGCCACUUCCAAUGAAAGAGACGUUCAAAUGCGAGUCAUCGACAACGCAAGGGAUGUGUUGGAGAAAUCAAUCCUAUUGUUUGAAGAGACCAAAUGGGCUCUUCAUAACCCGCACGACAGGGAACGGCAGCAAAGACUCACUCAAGUGGCUAAAAGUGUGUCCAAUUCGCUGAACAAUUGUGUCAAUUGUCUUCCCGGACAGAGAGAUGUCGACGAAUCGAUUCGAAGCAUAACAGACGCCACACAACUCAUUGGCAAAGAACUACCCGUUUCUCACAAAUCCUACUCUGAAUUGCAGAAUAAUCUGACGAUCGCUGCGACAAAACUUAAUGAAUCGGUUUCUGAUGUAAUCGAGGGCUCACGAAGUCCCAGUUCUUUGGCCAACUGUUCCAAGCAAUACAGUUCGGCAUUCAAUGAACUUUUUGAGUGCGGCCUCGAAAUCGCCGGUCAGAGUAAAGAUUAUGACAAUCGCUCCCAAAUGCUGUCCAGUCUUAAGACACUAUCGAUGUGUUCGAGUAAACUCUUAGUGUCCGCCAAAUCAGUGUCUGUCGACCCAAACGCCCCGAACGCCAGAAAUCUAUUGGCCUCUUCUGCGCGCUCUGUCACUGAAAGUAUCAAUAAUUUGGUGAAUGUCUGCAGUUCUUCAGCGCCGGGACAGAAGGAAUGCGAUUCUGCCAUCAGAAACAUCCAAAUGAUGCGAUCACUGCUCGACAAUCCGAGUGAACCCAUCAAUGAUUCGACUUAUUUUGAAUGUCUGGAAACCGUAACCGAAAGAAGUCGACGACUCGGAGACGCAAUGACUGGUAUCGCAAAUCACGCCAAGAAGAACGAACACAAAGAGUUCGGGUAUUCAGUGAAAGACGCCUCCGAUUCCAUUUGUGGUCUCCUUGAAGGCGCUGCUCAGGCGGCAUAUCUGGUCGGCUCGUCUGACCCGUCAAGUGUUGCCGGCAGAGCAGGUCUGGUCGACAUAAAUGCCUUCCAUAAGGCUAAUGAAGCCAUACAGUCGGCCUGUCAGCAGUUGGCCACCCGUUCCAGUAAUAAGCCGGAGAUCUUGUCGGCGGCCACAGUGAUUGCCAAACACACGUCGGCGCUCUGCAACUCGUGUCGAGUCGCGUCUUCCAAAACAACAAAUCCGGUCGCGAAAAGACAUUUUGUUCAGUCGGCCAAAGAUGUGGCGAAUGCCACCGCGAGUCUCAUCAAAGAGAUUAAGACCUUAGAUCAGGACCCGAGCUCUGAGUACAACCACAACAACUGCGCCGAAGCAACGAAACCACUGCUCGAAGCCGUAGAGAACUUGACUGUCUUCGCGAGUUCCCCAGACUUUGCGCCAAUUCCUGCCAAAAUCAGUGUCAAAGCCCGUUCCUCUCAGGAACCGAUCACAUCAUACGGAAAGUCCAUAAUAGAUGCCUCUUGUAAUAUGAUAAUCGCCGCCAAAUCACUGGCGCUUAACCCUAAAGACCCUCCCGGUUGGCAAACACUGGCCAAUCACAGCAAGAAUGUGAGCGAUUCCAUCAAAAAGUUGGUCACUUCUAUCAAAGACGCCUCUCCGGGACAGAGAGAGUGCGACGAAGCGGUCGAGAAGUUGAGCGCUUGUAUUCGUGAGUUGGAUCAGUCGUCGCUCAAUAUUAUUAGUCAAAACUUAGAGUCACGUCAAGACAAUACCCUUAAGGGCUUCAGGGAAGCGACCAGUGCUUCGGCCACAGAGAUCUACGAACAUAUCGAUGCGGUUCGCAUGUCUGGCAAAGCAGAGGCCGAAAAGUUAGGCCAUUCUGUCACUCAAUUGGUUUCCUAUUUUGAUCCUUUGAUUCAAAACGCAAUCGGAUGCGCGUCUAAGACACAGAACUCGAAGCAACAAAUGAAUUAUUUGGACCAAACCAAGACUAUCACCGAAUGUGCCCUUCAGUUGAUAUAUUCUGUCAAAGAAUGCGGCGGAAACUCAAAGGCCUCUUCAGUUCACGCAGAGAUCGAUGAGUCGAGUGAAUCCAUGAAAGAAGCGCUUCAAGACUUGUUACAUACGCUCGAGUCGGCAGCCACUGAGGCCGGACAGGUGACCGGUAUUAUUGAAUCCAUUACCAAAUCUAUUACCAAAAUAGACGAAAGGCAUUAUUCAUAUUCAACCACAUCUACACUGCCAUCCGGAUCUACUUAUGUUGACUAUCAAACACGAAUGGUUAACUGUGCCAAAGAAAUCGCCAGAAUUGCACAGGACAUGGUUGGAAAGUCGACGACACAAGUCGCUCACUUGAGUCCUUUAGCUGCAAAUCUGUCCCACAAUUACGCAAAUCUAGCCAAUGAUGUGAAUGGAGUAAUCGGUGCGACCAGUAAUGUAGAGGUCGCCAAUCGUAUCAAAGGUAGUGUUCAAGAACUGGGAACGGCGUGUAUAGACAUAACCAAAAGUGCCGGUCAGUGUCAGGCAAAUCCUGGGGACUCAUAUAGUCAGCGAGAGCUCACAGAUAACGCGAAAAUGGUGUCUGAAAAGGUGUCGUACGUGUUGGCGGCACUACAGGCCGGUUCUCGUGGAACUCAGGCCUGUAUUAAUGCGGCCUCAACUGUGAGCGGAAUUAUCGGUGAUUUGGACACAACUAUUAUGUUCGCCGCCUCUGGAACUCUUAACGCGGAGAAUGAAAACGAGACGUUUGCCGACCACAGGGAGGCUAUACUUAAAACAGCCAAAGCUUUAGUGGAGGACACAAAGACAUUGGUUGCCGGCGCCGCCUCCAGUCAGGAACAGUUAGCGGUCGCCGCACAGAACGCCGUCACGACUAUAAUGCAGUUGUCAGAAGUGGUCAAAUUAGGCGCCGCCUCUCUGGGGUCUACCAAUUCUGAAGCACAGGUAUUGUUAUUAAAUGCUGUGAAAGACGUGGCCACAGCUCUCGGCGAACUUAUUGGAUCGACAAAGACUGCAUCCGGAAAGAGCAUCAAUGAUCCGGCUAUGAUGUACUUAAAGGAAUCCGCAAAAGUAAUGGUAACGAACGUGACUUCACUGCUUAAGACGGUUAAGACCGUGGAAGACGAGCAUCAAAGAGGAACUCGAGCUCUUGAAUCGACAAUCGAAGCCAUCGGACAAGAAAUCCGAGCCUUCGAUUCGGGAGAAAUGCCAACCGUUCGAAAGGCUUCGCCCGAAGAUUUAGUUCGAGUGACAAAACCCGUAACUUUAGCGACGGCUAAAGCAGUGGCCGCGGGAACGAGUGGCAAACAGGACGAUGUGAUCGUCGCGGCAAAUAUGGGCCGUAAAGCCAUUUAUGACUUACUUAUUACAACUAAAGCUGCGGCCAAUUCUGCAGAAACGCAUGAUUUAAGAACUCGAGUGUUAGAGUCAGGAAGAAGUUGUGGCUAUCAUUACAGAGAGCUCUUGCAAAUGGUUCACCAAAUUAUAAGUCGACCGACGCCUGGAAGCGAUGCAAAGAGUCAAUUGGUUAUAAUGUCGCGAACUAUUGCCACCGCAGUCACAGAGAUUGUCAGCAGCGCUGAACUUCUCAAAGGCUCCGAUUGGGUCGAUCCCGACGACCCCACUGUUAUCGCUGAGAAUGAGCUGUUGGGCGCCGCCUCUUCUAUCGAUGCGGCCGCCAAGAAGUUGGCCAGUCUUCAGCCCAGGAGGACAAGCAUUCGAUUACCGCACGAAGAGAUGAAUUUCGAUGAAAUGAUUUUAGAAGCGGCCAAAUCGAUAACCGUCGCAACCGCUGCACUCGUUAGGGCCGCCUCUGCCGCUCAAAGAGAGUUAGUGUUGGCCGGAAAAGUGGAGGGACAGCCACAAUACGCCUCGGAUGACGGCCAGUGGUCCGAUGGUCUCAUUUCUGCCGCCCGACACGUGGCCGCCGCUACACAUAGUUUAGUAGAAGCGGCGAAUGCAUUGGUUCAGGGACAGGCGUCCGAAGAGAAAUUGAUUUCUGCGGCCAAACAAGUGGCCGGUUCUACUGCCCAACUGCUGGUCGCCUGUAAAGUGAAGGCUGGCUCGGACUCGCAGGCGAUGCGAAGACUACAAGCGGCCGGAAAUGCGGUCAAGAAAGCGACCGACAAUUUGGUUCGUUCGGCACAACAGGCCAUUGAACACGACGACGAACAGAGUAUUCUCAUCAGCACAAGACGUGUGCCCGGAAUCGCUCAGGAGAUCAUCGCUCGUGAAGAGAUCCUCAAGAAGGAGAGGGAACUCGUAGAGGCGCGCGAAAAGUUGGCCACAAUUCAUAGGGCAAAAUAUGGCAAUAGACCUCCUGAUGAAUACCAGGGGUAUUGAAAUUGUGGUCAUAUUAUUGGAAAUAAAGAGAUAAAUAUUAUUAUUUACAACGAAAUAACAAAAAAUCAAAAUAUUAUAUAAUUUAAUAGAAAUAUAACUUAUAUUGACUUAAAGUUUGAAACCAUUAGUUUU